GCAGUGCGUAAAAGGGCUACCGGGCCCCGCUGACAGCGCGGAGACGCAUAUUGGAUACUGCGCACCUCGGCGAUUCCACUCCUCCUAACGGGCCACACGGAGGUGCAUGGCCCCAUCUCCUCGCAACACGAUGAAUCCUGCGCAGGGGUCGCCGUCCAAACGGCUUCAUCAGAAAGAGGAGACGGAUACGGAGGGCGAGGAUCUGCAGCCCAAAGACAUGACCACUGACAAAGGAUACAAACUCCAGCGGAGCAGCCUCCCGUUCAGCGUCGAGUCGUUGAUUUCCAAGAAGACCACCUGUCGGACCACUUAUUCCCCCCCAGAUUUAGCCGCGGCCCUGCCGACGCCCGCGGCGGGGCAGAGCGUGCAGUUCUCCCCGAGGACCCUUUACGCGGAGAGCGCGGUCGCCGCGGAGAGCUCGCAGGGUGUUUGCAGUAGUUCCAGCGAGGACAGCCCGCAGUUUAGCGACAAAGAUCAGAGCACUUGGUACAAGACGUCCUCCUUUUCUACUCCGCCUCGGAGCUCAAGUCCCAAUCAGUGCACUCUAAGGAAACACAAAAACAACAGGAAACCUCGCACGCCCUUCACUACCUCCCAGCUGCUGGCGCUGGAGCGCAAGUUUCGCCAGAAGCAGUACCUCUCCAUCGCCGAGCGAGCCGAGUUCUCCAACUCGCUCAACCUGACGGAGACGCAGGUGAAAAUAUGGUUUCAGAACAGGAGAGCCAAGGCCAAGAGACUGCAGGAGGCAGAGCUGGAAAAGUAUAAACUGGCCUCCAAACCCAUGCUGCCCGCCUUCGCCCUGCCGCUCCCCCUCGGAGCGCACAUGGGCUCUCCGGCAUGGGGCCCGUCUAACGCCUUCCCGAGGCCCAGCCUGCCGGUCCCGGGACUGUUUGGCGGACCCGUCACUUAUGGGAUGUACUAUUUGUCUUAGUAGUGCUGCGUGUGGAUGUGGAUGUUUUAAAAAAAAGGGAAAAUAAUGUCUUCUUUCACAGUCACAAAACACGCAUAAACGGAAUGAUCCGUUCUUCACCUCAGACGCAGUUUUAUAUUAUUGUACCAGUUUUGGGACAUCGAGUAUUAUGAUACAUUUCGGUUCACAUGCUGUCAUGUAAUUGUGUGUAUAAACGGACAGGCACGAGUUCACUUCUCAUUUUAGGACAGUUGUGUGAGUUGUGGAUCCACAGGCCUAAAUUACUGAGGAGAUGCUCCACAUUUAGAUGUCAGGUUUUUAAGCAACAUGUCUUAAAUAUCUCCUCAGUGCUUCCACCGUUCUCCGCAGUAUGUGGAAGUGGACUUUCAAAGUGUGUCCAGACAGGAAGGCGUGAUGCGAAGCAGAGUUUUGAAAGCAACAGAAAAGUACUUAAAUGAUGUCAGUGCCUUAAGACCAGUGUCACUUGAAGUAUUUCUCCUCAUUCAGAGUGUUUCUGGUAAAAACGGCAGUUUGCCAGAGUUGCUAUUUGAAUGUUUGUAUUUUCUCACAACAUCGCAAUUUCAAAAAUUUUGUACGGAGCAAAAAUAAUAUUUUAGAAAAACACUUUUAGAUAUUUUUUUACUCUCACUGUGUGGCCUUAUGGAAGGGAAAAUAUCAUUUUCUUUGAGGAAAUUUGCUGUAAAUGUAAAUAAAAGGUGUAGUGUUUAUAAGCCGCCUCGCGGCAGCAGAAAGUUUGGUAUUUAUUGAAUAUCUUUGUAUCUGUACUGUGUACAUACAUCACUCUAUCCAAAUGUUCAGUUACUUGUAAAAACUGAUUUUAGUAAAUAAACAUUAUACAAGAUCUCAAAGUG